AUGGCAAGCGUGGUCAAGAGCUCGAGUUCGGUAUACAGCACGUACAUCUCCACCGUGGACCAUUUGCCCUGCGACAUUGUGCGGUCGCUUUGGGUGGUGCAGGCGUGCAACUUAGCCGCCGACUCCGAGAGACAAAAGCUCCAUGAUUUGCUCCGGCACGUCCGCCCCAGCCAUGUCCACCAGCAGCCCGAUCGGCAGGGGUUUUUGCAUGCGUAUCAGGAACUGCGCCUGAAGAUCCAGCGCUGGAAUAGGGAGGCGGUGGCCGAACUAGAGAGUCUAGGGAUCCAAAUGAAGACGCACGGGGCGAUGCUACGGCGAGGCGUGGGCUUGCUUCGCGUCACGGCACAGGCGCCGCAGGCGCCCGAGCCACGUGCGAGCAGCGAGUUGUUGAAGCUGCAGUUGGACGAGCACUACCGGGAAAACCCGUUGGCCUCGCAGGUGGAGGCGCUUCAGGAGCGCGUGCUCCACGGGCUGCGGAACGUGGUCAUCAAGCACGUGCCCGGGCGGUCCUCCGGCGUCAAAAUCAUCCUCAAGCUCCCGAAAGCGCGGGACCGGGGCGCGGCGCCUGGCGAGCCCGAGCGCUACUGUUUCUGCCACCAGCCCUCGUUCGGCGACAUGAUUGCCUGCGACUUUGCAAAAUGCAAGAAUGGCGAGUGGUUCCAUUACAAAUGUGUCGGGCUCCUCAACCGUGCCGAGGUCUCGAGGUACAAAACACAGAAGUGGUACUGCUCUGCCGCGUGUCAAAGUGAUGCUGAGAAGCACAAGCCCCGGAAGAAGCGGCGCCGGGCCAACUGGUAG